UCUGGAAACAAGACACAGGAUUCAGAUGCAUGGCCAACUAAAGAAGACUCGCACAAAAAGCGAACUUUACUAAGCAAUUCAAAUGAGAAUUCUCUUUCACUUGAGAAAAUCCCACUGGGAAUUGAAAGGGAAAAUAAUUCAUCCUACGACCGCUUCAAAAAGAAACUUUUACAUGGUGGAAAUAGCAAGACAUUGAAAGAAAUCCUUCACAAGUCUUCACAUGAACCAAUCAUUAAGCGUUUAAAGCUAGAGAAAAAUGCAUCUGGUUUGGGUUUCAGUGUCGGCGGAGGGAAGGAUUCUCUGUAUGGGGACACACCCAUAUAUGUUAAGUACGUUUUUAAAGAUAGCGUUGCUAGUAAAAAUGGCGAGUUACAGACUGGUGAUGAGAUUAUUGAUGUGAAUGGUCAAAGUAUGCGUAAUAUGUCUAAUGUGGAGGCCAUAGAAACCAUUCGCGCAUUGCCUUAUGGGAGUAUUAGUGUAACUAUCAGGAGAUUAUAAGUGGUUUAGAUAACACCAUGACUUACAUAAAGCAUAGUAUUUUAUAGAACUGUGGUGUUUUAAUAUUAUUAUUCAUAUAUGACUAUUACAUAGAGGAUAUUACA